ACAAAUCAGCUGUUGGGCGCGCUCCAACAAACCUUAGUUUUUCAAAAUAUUUUUAGUUAACAAUAAAAAUAAUUUAAUUCAUCGAUUAAUUAAAAAUUACGUCCUACUAUUACUGGUGUAUUACUGUAUUAAUAUAGUUAUUCGUUUGACGUUUUGAGUGGUUUCCAUGAUAACAAAACUUAGAUGUAUACAAAAAGAAUGUCGAAAAUCGCAAAGUUUAUGGAAACCGUAAAACCAAGCCGAAUUUGGAUCGAUGGAAAGUGUCACGAAGUGCAAAAAUACAAUAAAAACGCAAAGGAAGUUAUCGCUACUGAAGAGUGUAGGGAAAGAUUUAGAAGAGAGUACAAUAUUAAUGUUGUUGAGGAUCGUUUCCAUACAUCUUUUAAGUUAGCAUUACCUUAUUAUAAAAAGAUUCAUAGUUAUCGUAAAAUUACGGUUAAAGAUCUAGAAAAAGAUACAGGUGCGGAAAUUAAGAUACCCACAGAAGGCGUCGAAGAAAAAAUUAUAAUAAAAGGUCCCAUACUUGAUGACGUAAUUAACGCCCGAUUAAAAUUACAAUCGCUGAUAAGCACAAUUAGGGAUCAACAACCAGCCAUGCAAUUUGUGGGGAUACCAACACAAUGUGAGGAAAUUAGAGGGAAUUUUGAAAAAUUCAAGGAAACGCUACUUGCCGAUGAAAACAAUAUAAAAGGAAUGGAUCCAACAAUUUUUCAAAAACCUGAACGUCUUCAUCUAACUGUAGCUGUUUUUGCUCUUAUGGAUAGCAUGGAAGUGCUUCAAGCAAUUAAUAUUCUUAAUGAUUGUAAAUGUAAAAUACUAACCCCAUUAAUCAAAAAAACCGGACCAUUGAAAAUCCACGUGAAAGGUAUAAACUGUAUGGACGGAAACUAUUCCAAAGUAAACGUAAUGUACGCAAACGCAAAAUUUGGCGAUGAAGAAGACGAAAAUUCUUUGCAAAAAGUGGUAGAUGCGAUUUCGAAUGAAUUUUAUUUGGGGGGUUUGGUUCGCCAAUAUAAACCGACUGUUAAGUUACACGUAACCUUAAUCAACACGAAAUAUAGAAAGGGUAAAAAUAUACGAAAAUGGUCAAAAAUACCGUUUGAUGCUACUUCAAUAAUGGAGAAAUACAAGAAUUACGAUUUUGGUAUGGUCGAUUUUCAAUCGAUACAAUUGUCCUAUAUAUCCAAAAUUGAUGCUGAUAAUGGAUUUUACCAAGCGUUAUCUACCGUUAAUGUUUAAAAUACGAUUUAUGAUAUGGUUAGUUUAUGUUAGUUUUGUGAUAAAAAAGAAAUUCGCUGUGAUUGUUAAAAUGUAUUUUUGUAUGGAAAUAUACAAAUAUUAUUGUU